AUUUAAUUUAUUAUAUAUAUUUAUCGAUUGAGUCAAGCACUACAACUGUCAAUGUCAGUUGAUUUUAAUUGUCAUUUUCCCAAGUUUGCCGGUACCUUUCAUACUUGUUCAUUCUUGUUUGUUAUGGUUUUUCUCUUACCGAGCAGGAACAUAUUUAGAUAUUUAUUGUUUGAAAUCAAGAAAUGGAGCAGUGGGAAGCUAUUAUAGAGAAUUUCGACCGUCCACCGGAGCAGUGUUACCGUACGUUCGAGAAAACAUUGGAAUUGGCAGCCGCUUUAUUGAGUACCGCGACAACUCAACUCGCCCCUUUUGAAACAGAAUGGCUAGUGGAAACACUGCUUCACUCCCCUGUCGAGCUCUUGGCGACUGUGUCCCAGAAGCGUGGAGACGAGGUGUGGCGCAAAGCUGUCGCCGACGCGCUGAAACUGUUGGCGCGCGUGGCUGGAGUGUCUCAUAAAUAUUAUGAGCAGAUUGUUGACAUCUGCCUUCUAACCUACGACCCCGAGCUUCGCAAGCACGCUCUAGCGUGCCUUGCCGAGGUUUCUAAGCAUUCGGUCGCCGCUACCAGAGACUUCGCAAGACACGUGCAAGCCCUGGAAGAAGCUACACAGUGCCGUGCACCUAUAGCACUGCUAGUUGGUGAGUUACAAGCCACACUGAUGUCCUCAGAGAUAAUAAGACAUUCGGUCGCUACCAGAGACUUCGCAAGACACGUGCAAGCCCUGGAAGAAGCUACACAGUGCCGUGCACCUAUAGCACUGCUAGUUGGCGCGCUGUGCGAGCACCACCCGGCCGAGGUCUGCGAUGAACUGACUCGCAUCUGGCGUGGUUAUCUCAACAUGCUGGACAGUAAUAAGAACACGGAUACGGUUAUUAAAGCAGCACUAGAAGGCGUGUGCAGUCUGUUCAAGCAUUUCGGCGACGAGUUACCCUGCGCCGAACUCAAGCAGUUCUACGACAACCUCGCCAAAGUGUACAUCGACAAGACUGGCUGCCAGACCGCAUGUUACAGUAUCUUAGCCGAACAUGCAUCGUUGUUCCGCGAACGUGUCUCCAUAGACCGUGCGCUGCGCUCAAAGUUGUGGGGCGCCGCCCCCUCGGCAACGUUGCUCGGUGUGUACGCAGCGGCACAGUUUGAGAACAAAACGGCAUUUUUGAACUUAUUAACAACCGAGGUCCUCCCCCACACCCAGUCGCCGUCCUACCAAGUGAAGACGACCGCGCUGCGCAUACUGGCCGCGACCAACAGUUUCGGAGAUCUGUCGCAGUUCGCAGACGUACAUACACUCGAGUAUGAGCUGAGGGGGAAGGUGUCACAUGCUGAUGCCGAACUUGUAUUAUGGUGCGUAGAAUACAGCCUACCGAACAGCGAGCGACUACUACAGGCCGCCAUCUUGUUUUACGAUAAUUUGCCGCAAGCCGUACGCAAGAAAAUCGUUGUCAAUGGCAUUUCGAAAUCACCACCAGAGCUGAAGAGAGCAACCAUACAGUUCCUGAUAUCUCAGUCCUGCGAGGACGCUGCUGCGCGCGCGUGGCGCGAUCUUCUAGAAGACGAUGACGUCACGGGCGCGGCGGCCGCCGUGCGGGCCCUCGCCGACUGUCUGGCAGCAGCCUUACAGACCAUACAUGAACACGAAAUUCAGGUAUAAACCAGUCGUCUAUAGAGGCCGUUCCAAGACAGUGCAAGUGUUAUUUUAAAUGUCAAAAUUUUACGUUUAAAUAAAUAAAUAAAUAUUAUAGUACAUUAUUACACAAAUUGACUAAGUCCCACAGUAAGCUCAAUAAGGCUUGUGUUGAGGGUACUUAGACAACGAUAUAUUUAAUAUAUAAAUAUUUAUAAAUACUUAAAUACAUAGAAAACACCCAUGACUCAGGAACAAAUAUCCAUGCUCAUCACACGAAUAAAUGCCCUUACCAGGAUUUGAACCCGGGACCAUCAGCUUUGUAGGCAGGGUCACUACCCACUAGGCCAAACCGGU